UACCCAAGCCCACAUCCACCAUCUUGCCGCUGCCGCAGUGUAUUAUAUGGUGUAGUGUGGAUUGUGAAGUUUUUUUCUUGUGCACAUUAUGGUCGCAAUUCUUUGAUGAACUAAAGUGUUGUCUAAUUGCAUUUUUAACAAUUAUUUGGAUCAUAUAAAAAUAGAAAGUGUAUCUAAUCAAUUCUUCAUUAAAUAAUAACAAUUAGUUAAGAAAUAAAAAAUCAUAAUCACACACCAUUAUUUGUUUGCAACUAAAAGAAUUUCGCGACUAAAAAAUGGGUGACUUAGUGGAGACUCGUCAGAACGAGUUGAAAACCAGGAAAAUCUGCCGCUUUUGCCUGACACAAAAUGCCUCGAAUUUGUCGAACAUCUACUCUCGGGAAAAUCGAAUGCAAACUGCACCAUUGCCCCUUCAGGUUAUGGCCUGUGUAUCCAUUGAGGUGUUUUCCAGAGACUGCAUGCCAGGAUAUGUAUGCAGUGAAUGUCGUCUGAUUUUUGAUUAUUGCUAUCGUUUUAAACAAAUGUGCAAAAAAGCGGAUACUUGUCUUCGACACUAUCCACUCACAGGAUCGUGGUCUCCAGCUUUAGAUCAUCCAAGAAUUCCACGUGAACUUUUACUUCAGCAAAAAACCGUUCAAAAAAACUUAAAUGCGUUGCAAGUUACCAAAAUAAGUGAAGCUUCAGAGAAUGUUGAAGAAAUCUCUCUUGAUGAAGUUAAAGAUCAAUCUAUACUAAUACUAGAUAAAAAUCAAAGUUCUAUUCCAAAGAAAUCCCAUCAAAUAGAAGUUGAAAUUGAAGAACCGGACGAGGACGAUGACGGCAAUUACACUCCUAAGAAGGUUCCUGUUCCCGUUGAAAAAGCAGCACGUAAAACCCCGGUUAUAAAAAUAUUAAAUAAAUCAGCCAUUCGCAUUCUAAAUAAGGAAGCUCAAAAAGUUAUCGAACCUAUAAUGUCCAAACCAAUGUUGCAGCGUGAUGAUGAUGGUAAUUUGGCUAUUGUUACUCAGAUUCUGGAGCAAGAUACACCUGAGAGCAGAGAGCCUGCCCCAAAGGCGGCUGUUUUGGAGACUAAUGUUUUCCCUUGUCCGCAUUGUGAACGUUCGUUUCCGUUGCGACAGUUGCUUGAUAUUCAUUUGGUAAAUCAUAAUCGCGAACGAAGUUUCUUUUGUGAUUACUGCGAUAAAAGUUUCUUCAGUAAAUAUGACUUGCAAAAGCAUAAUUUAACUCAUACAGGAGAAAAACCUUAUGUAUGUGUGGUAUGCAAAAAAGGUUUUACACGUUCAACUCUUUUGCAUCGUCACGAGAAAUCACACAUUGACAUUCCCAAGUUUAUUUGUGUCUUCUGCGAAAAACCAUUCAUAUCACAAGAAGAAAUGGAGAAGCAUACCGAUCGACAUCGGAAGCAUAGGCCAUACGUGUGCAAGAUUUGUAACAAAGGAUUUGCUUUCAAGCAAGGUCUUGAGCGUCACGAGGUUGUACAUUGUCGUCAGCAACCUUUUCAAUGUCAAUAUUGUGACCAAAGCUUUUCUACACCCAGUAAGUUAUCAAGGCAUUUGACAGCUCACGCUGGUAAACGCCCCUAUCCUUGCAAGCUUUGUCCUAAGUCUUAUUUACUCAGUCACCAUUUGACAAGACACAUGCGUUCGCACAAGAAUGGGUCGGGUUCAUAUAAAUGCAAUGAUUGUCAAAAGUCAUUCGGCACCAGGGAUGAUUUGAUUUAUCACUCAGCAGUACACGCUGCCCAAACAAUGGUCUGUCCACUUUGCAAAGACGCAUUCGAUGAUAUUGAAACUGUAACUGAACAUGUAAGGCAGCAUGCUGAAGGGGAAGCGUAUGCUUGCGAGUUCUGCGAUUUUAUUUACAUGACUUCUGAACGGUUGGAUGACCACAUCAAAGCCAUGCAUGCGUUGGAAAUGGUUGCUUACAACGAGGAUAAUAAACGAAGUGCUCUAACUUCAAAAAAUUCAAAAAAUACGGAAAACGAAGAGAAAACCCAAACUGAAAAUCAAACUAAAGAAAUAGACGAUGUAAUUGAAGAGUUUUUGUACGAAGAAUUUCCAGAGGAUUCUCCCAAACCCGAAGUGAACGAAAAUGUUAUUAUAAAGGAAGAACAUGUGUGGGAAAGACAACUCGAAAACGAUAAUCAAAAAUCUAAUAAUGUUUCUCAUGGCUCAAAUGAAAACGACAUUAUUGAUGAGGAAACUUUAGAACUGAUGAAUAUUAUUGAAAUGAACUCAACAGAGGAGGAGCCUCCGGUAAAAUUUAAGAAAACAGCUGAAAAAUCUAAAGAAACCACAAAGAUUGUUGAGAAAAAACAAACAACGAUUCGACGCAAGGCACCAGUAAAACCUGGUCAGGUAACAUCUUCAGCUAAUUCUAGUUCAUUGUCACCAAAAGAAAAUCAAAAGCCACUACAAUCAAUUUUACCAACAAAAAUAAUUGCGACUCCAAAGACUGCUGUAAAGUCAGUUGCACCCAAAUCUCGUCAGCCCACCAUUCAAGCUGCUCUAAAUGCGAUAUCGAAAUCUGUUUCGAUAAAGAAAAUAGAAACAUCUAACAAAGCAUCAGUAUCACCUACAAUACCAAAACCAGUCGAAGCUGAGAAAACACCAACACCAACAGCAUCAACACCAACAAAUACAACUAGAAAAUCAUCUCCACGAGUAACAGCAAAGCAAGAGUCAUCUGAACAAACAAAGUUAUCAAAGCAAUCACCAACAAGUACCAACAAACGCAUGCUUCGACAACGUGGAGAAGUUACUUCUGUAACUAAAGCACAAACUAAGCCUAGUCCAGUCUCUGGGCAGAUCAAAAAAUCGCCUACAAAGUCCGCAGAUGUAGUGGCAGUAAAGAAAACUGAAAGUUCUUCUGAGGAGGAUAAAAAACUUGUUGAAAUGAUAAUCGGUGAUAAGAAAGUUAAGGUAAAAAAAAUUACAAUGACAAAGGCGCAAGUAGAUGAAAUGACUCGUGACGGACUUAUUCAAAUGAAAGGGGGCACCAUGAUUCUUAAAAAGGGUCGCACUUCGCCCAACGAUGUUAAGAGUCCAUCUAAUCACUAAAGAAUAAUUGUUGCUUGUGUAAAGAUUGUACACUAAUCGGAAAAAUAUAAACUAGUAAAAACUAAUGUAUUUUAAGGGGCUGUAAGGAAGGCAUAUCAUAUAUAAGUUAUAUAUGGAGCGAGUUUAAGCGAAACCAUUAAAUUAAAAAAAAAAGUAACAACUACAUGUCUAUAAAAGUUAUAAACAUUUAUAAUAUUUUUUUAUAAUAUUUAAGACGAUUAAGUUUUACCUAAAACCUUUUGUACUUUUUGCAAAACGUACACAAUUAAAUCGGUUGUUCUGAAAAUUACUUUCUUGAUUGUGGUUUCUAAGCGUUAAUGCUUACAUACAAACCAUUACAUGCGGGCAAUUCGCUUAUCAUAACAGGGCUCAAAAUUUACGAUUUCACUUAAUUUUAAAACUUUACCUAAAUUAUUACCAUACUCUGUAGAUAAAAAUUUUGGCAGUUGCCUUAUGGAAAAGCUUUAUUUUAGAAUCAGUUAAUCACUUUACACAAAAACAUCAUCAUUGGGCUAGUUCAACCAACAUAUGGGACUUCAUUUGCUAACUGCAUUCUUUGGACAAAAAAUAAGACCAAUUUUUCCGUGGUCAUUAAUUUCAAACUUGGAACUUUACUUGACUAUCUAUCUUUUACUUGCAGAAAGUACCAACAACAUUAUUACCUACAAACAAGUUUCGUUUCACAUGUUACAAGUCCAUCAAAAGAUGUGUUUCGUAUUGCAAAGAAUAAGUCUGUAUUAAUUUUCCAAUUUGACAAAGCACCCCUUUACACAAAACAUGAAAUGGAAUUAUGCAGAAAAUAAUUAAAUUACAGAGUACUAACGUAUAGCUUUCAGUUGAAUGAAAAAAACUUGUGGACUUGACUUCAUAGUAAGGGACAUUUAUCUUGACUUAAGUUGCCUUCAUUGGAAGGCCAUUUUUUGGCAACUGCACAAUGGGAUUAUAGAAACUUACUUACCUUCAAGUCUCUUAUGUCGUCUGAACCGACAUAAAUGCCACUCGACCUGCCUGGCAGUUGCCUUAAAACUUUUAUUAUGUUAAUAAUAUUAAUAUAUGUAGGGUUACCUUAGUCAUUAGGAGGUUUCGGUUUAAGGGCUAUCAAAGAAGUUCUUGAUGAUGUAACACUUUUUUCUGACCAAGUACAUAUAAGUUUUUUACAUUUAUUAUUUUAUUUUAUUACUUGAUUUGUCUUAUGCAAUUGAAGCAUAUUAAAAAAUAAAUUGAGUUUUAUUUACAAAUAUCGAUUUAUUUUGCGUGUUUUAUUUAUGAAAAUAUGUUAAAUCUUCAGUGUUUUAUUUACUUCAACCAACUUAUGUAUUUUUCAUCAUUUUUAAGCUAGUACUUUUUGGAAUAUAAGAUUUUAUUAAUAAUAUGAAUUACAAUUUUUUAACUUGUAAACAUUUAAGAACUUAAUGCUUAAAUACAAUAUUGACCUGUUAAUCCUUGUUUAUUCUGCAAAAACAUUCAAGUAAAUUAAUAAUAAAUAAUUGCUGUAAUUGCUGAGAUACAAUUUGACAAUGAAAUAUUCGGCUAUAUUAAAGAAACUAAAUGUCUAUAUAAAGUCGGAAAGGAAAUUUACCCUCCUACAGAAAAAGCUUCCUACCAAUACCUAAAGACAUGGAAAUCAGCAGAUAGAAACACAAAAAAUAAAAUUUGUCUAAUUGAAUUAGAAAACAUUCAACAAUAGCAAAUGCCUCAGUAUUGAACCAAUUCAAAUUUGAUAGAAAACAUCGAAUAUUAAAAAGAAACAAAAAAAAAUCGUCAAAAAUGUCAAAAAUUCUACAAAAUUUCAGCUGAAACAAGACCACUUAUUAAUCAAAGAGAAUUGUUAAAAAAUGAAAAAAAUAAAA